AUGUGGCCGACACGUUCGUUUCAAAGGCAUUUGUGUGUUCUAUUUUUAACAUCCGCUGUAAUAACGUCUUUAUUUAUUGUGAAAAAUUCGAAAAAAUCCGAGGAGCUUAAUGUGUAUCCCAGCACUGCCGGAUUUGAAGGAAAUGAAACUUUGGUGAGGCCGUUUUAUAUGAACGGUGGAGGUGAUCACAGUAGAUCCAGGCACAUUAUACACAUUUUGGGUUUAUUUGAAUUAACUACUAAAUGGGGCAAAAGACCGGAAGGAUUAAGUGAAAUUGCCGCAGCUGAACUCGCUAUCAAACAUGUUAACCAGUUUAAUAUACUCCCAGACUAUACUCUCAAACUAAUUAUCAAUGAUACGAUGUGCGACCCUGGGGUUGGGAUUGACCGAUUUUUCCACGCGGUUUAUUCGAAGAAGACAAUCGUGAUGCUACUGGGAACGAGUUGCUCAAAUGUUACCGAAAGUUUGGCUCAUGUUGUACCUUACUGGAAUAUUCUACAGAUAUCCUUUGGUUCCACGUCGCCGACAUUAAGUGAUCGGAAAAAAUUUCCCUUAUUCUUCCGCACUGUGGCCCCAGACUCGUCCCACAACGCCGCAAAAGUUAAAUUUGUUAAGCACUUCGGGUGGAACGUUGUAGCAACGUUUUGUCAAAGCGAAAAUGAGUUUCUGCUUCCUCUCAACAGCUUAAUUACAGAUUUUGAAAACGAGAACAUCACAUGUGUGACAACAAUUACCUUCUCCCUGGACAAUUACAAAGAGCAACUGAAAAUAUUAAAGGAUUCUGACAUAAGAAUAAUCAUAGCGGCUUUAUCAUCGAAAGUAGCACCAACAAUAUUUUGCGAAAUAUAUAACCUCGGAAUGUAUGGAAUGGGUUACGUCUGGAUUUUAGAAGACAGACACGAUUUCUGGUGGCAUUCGAGCGAGAAAUGUUCUUCUUUAAAAUUAAAAAGCUCAGUCGAAGGACUUAUUUUGAUUUCAGACUAUAAUGUCGUGGGGGAAAACAUGUCUAUUUCGGGACUGGAUAGCGAGAAAUUCGAAACGGAAUUACAACUGUCUGCACAUAAAAUAUCCAAAUAUGCGGGUUUGACAUACGACGCGGUAUGGGCGAUAGCACUAAGUUUGAAAGACGUUUAUCCACUGUUUGAGCAAGAAUUUAAUUACGGGAGAAGUGAUAUUGUUUGCGAAUUUGUGCGUCGAAUGAGCUCUUUAAAUUUUAUGGGUGUAUCAGGUCCGUUGAGGUUUAUUGGAGCUGAUCGCGUUGGAAGUUCAGCUUUGCGUCAACUGCAAGAUGGUCGCGUUCGAGACAUCGCAGUUUUUGAUUCCGAGUCGAACGAGCUUAAUUUCAAAUGCAAAGACUGCCAACCCGUUAAUUGGUGGAACCGACAGACGCCUAUCGCACAAAGAAUCUUAAAAGUAUCCCUCAUUUCCAUUCCCAAAUCUUUAUUUUACUGUGUAAUUUUUGUUUGUGUAAUGGGGAUUUUGUUUUCCGUGUUUUUCCUUUAUUUUAAUUUGCAUUUCAGGCGAAUGAAAACGGUGAAAUUAUCAAGUCCUAAAUUAAAUAAUGUGGCAGUGGUCGGGUGUAUUUUAGUCUACCUCUCUGUCAUCCUUUUGGGUUUCGACACGUUCACGAUGAACAAAUAUGUUGACGAACUUUGCACGGUCCGCGUAUAUUUACUUUCAUCAGGAUUUUCUCUAGCAUUUGGUUCGAUGUUUGCCAAGACGUAUCGAGUUCACAGAAUUUUCACUCACACGGGAGGCCCAAGCAAAGUGAAAGACAAGUUGCUGAAAGACAACCAACUGAUUGCUUUAAUUUUGGUUCCUUUAGUAAUCGAUGCAGUUAUCUUAACACUGUGGGUAAUGAUCGAUCCAAUGGAACGACAGUUAUACAAUUUAACUUUAGAAAUUAAUUCCGAAGACCGUGGAGUUGUUUACCAGCCACAGGUGCAAGUAUGCCGUUCGCAGAACACAAGCGGUUGGUUUGUUGCAGUUUAUGGUUAUAAAGGUUUAAUCUUGAUAAUGGGGCUCUUUAUGGCUUGGGAGACACGUCAUAUUAAAGUUCAAGCUUUGAACGACUCUCAGUAUAUUGGAAUAUGCGUCUACAGUGCCGUCUUCAGCGCCAUAAUUACAGUUUUGACAAGUUUUAUGGACGAAUAUGUCGUGCUUAAUUACUUGGCGAAAACUACAAGUAUAUUAGCAUCGACCACUCUGACACUAUUUUUGCUGUUUUUACCAAAAUUUAAGUCCGUCUUUGGCCGUCAUAAUUCCCUCGAUCCCGUCAUGCAGAGUAUGGGCUUAAAAAUCGAAUAUAACACCAGACGCUUCAUAACCAACGAUCCAAAAGAACAAAUACUUCGGUUAGAAAUACAAAAUAAAGUUUAUAAAUGCGAACUCGCCGCUCUGGACUUGGAAAUCACUCGCCUGGAAAAUCUUUUACAAGAUCGAAGGUCAAGCGGAAUUUUUACGGUAUUUAAAGAGGAAUACGUUAAGCUUGAUAAUGAAAAGGGGAAAAGUUGCUCGUGGCCUGUUUAUUAUUGUAAAUCUCAAGACAACUUUUUUUCUGAAAAUAAGCUCAACGAAAGGAAAUCAAUAAUCGACGAAAUGAGACAUCACUUCAUAAAUAAUAUUCGAAUUUAUCCAAAAACUGACUCUUUAUUGGAUCAUGAAUAUUUAAGUUUCUGUGCCACCAAGUAUAGAAACAAAUCUCACCCCGAAUUUUAUCAUAAAUGUGGGUCGAAAGCGACGGUCUUAACAAGGGCAAAGUCUGAGCUUGACUUUAGUUUAAUUCGUAGCUUUAAAUAAAGUGCUAGCGUAUCUUGUAUAUAAAUUAAUAGCGCCACCUUUAUCAUCCGACGAGUGUUAUUUUACAGAACAAGAGACACGAGCAAAGUUUCUGCAUAGUGCGGCGUGUGUUAAAGUUUUAUCACAUUUCAGAUUAGAGUUUCCAUUGUAAGAGCAUAUUUUUUCUUUUGUAAAUAACCAGCAAGUAUUUUAC